GUGUUCUGGGAAACUAGCACACACCGCACGGUCGCCAUAUUUGCUUGAAUUUUCCAACUUCCACUGGAGGAAAAAUAACAACUAUUGCGCUAUUUUAUUAGUGAAUAUCCCGUUUGUUUUUGCGCUGUUUGUGAAAAAUAACCGUUGCGGAAAGGAGUGGUUGUAGCUUUUUUUUUUUUUGGCUUUGCAUCUGCAGUUUAUCGGCGUUUUAGUUGGCAGCGUUAGUUCAGCCAAACGCAGAAAUGGGGCGCUCGAGGAGCCGCAGCUCGUCCCGGCCAAAGCACACGAAAAGCGGCAGCAAGCAUAGCAAAAAGCGCGGUAGCCGCUCCAAGUCCCGUUCCAGAGACCGCGAAAGGAGCAAGAAACGCUCCCGGUCCCGGGAGGCCAAGCGGAACCGACGGCGAGAGUCGCGCUCUAGGUCCCGGUCGAACAGGGAGCGGGCCAGGCCAACGUCGCCGGUGGAUAGAGUGGAUAUGUUCGGCCGCACGCUGAGCAAACGCACCGCCGCCGAGGAGAAGCAGAGGAAGGAGGAGGAGGAAAAGAAAGCUGAGAUGGAGAGACAGAGGAAGAUCCGACAGCAGGAGAUUGAGGAGCGUCUGAUUGAGGAGGAAACGGCACGGAGAGUCGAGGAGCUGGUGGCGCGGCGCGUGGAAGAGGAACUGGAGAAACGGCGCGACGAGAUUGAGCGUGAGGUGCUGCGGCGUGUAGAGGAGGCCAAACGCAUCAUGGAGGCACAGCUUCUUCAGGAGCUCGAGAGACAGAGGCAGGCCGAGUUGAGCGCGCAGAAAGCCCGCGAGGAGGAAGAAAAAUCCAAACGGGAGGAACUGGAAAAAAUUUUGGAAGAGAACAACAAAAAGAUCGCUGAAGCUCAGGCUAAACUGGCUGAGGAUCAGCUGCGCAUAGUGGAGGAGCAGCGAAAGAUCCAUGAGGAGCGAAUGAAGCUGGAGCAGGAGAGGCAGAGACAGCAGAAGGAAGAGCAGAAGAUCAUCCUGGGGAAGGGCAAGUCCCGACCUCGCCUCUCCUUCACGCUGAAAGCCACAGACUGAUCGCACGCUCCAACCCACCCUUCUGUUCCUCAUGUUUCUCUCUCUCUCUCUUUCUUUCUUUCUUUCUUUCUUUCUUUCUUUCUCUCUCUCUCUCUUUCUGGAAGAUAACUUCAUGUUGAAGCGAAUCUCUAGACAUUUUCAAAGAGAGGUUACUCCUGCCCUCUGUGUCUCUCCUCUGGGUUUGAACAAACUUCACAAGCCCCCAGUUGGGGGAAACGUUUCCCAAAUGCCCCCUGACUUAAGGCUGGACUUCGCUGCCACCUCCACAGACUCUCAGUUUUAGCAGCUUUUAUGUUUUGCCAGUGCUGUGUAUAGGAUGCUUCCUUUUUUCCCCCCAAGUAAGGGGAAAUCCAUUUUGUUUUUACUGGAUCGCAAAAGCAAUGAACUGUGCGAGGUGUGUGUGUGUGAGUGUGUGAGAGAAAGGUGUGAGUGUGUGUAUGAAUGAAUGAGUGAGUGAGUGAGAGUGUAUGUGGGGGGGGGGGGGAGUAGGGGGUCCCAUUACUUUGAAGAUUCAAGCACAGGUUCUUGUCCACAGCUUGAAGCCCUCCAUUUGUGUAAUGGGGUAAAAAUGUGUUGGGAUGAAAAUGGUGUGAGGGUAAUUUGAAAUGUAACACGGCGAGUGUAUAUGUAGUAUGCGGUUAAAAAAAAAUAUUUUUUCUCUCUCCCUGUGAGCACCAUAAAAACAUGGCGAGAUUCUGAGUGACUCAUCCUCCAUUGUGCCCUGCAAGUCAUGUUAAUUGCAGUAUGUCCUGUAUGAUUUGACCUUUUGAUUAGUGCAUUUGCUAAUGCGAGAAUCUGACAAAACAGUGGAGGAGAUGUGUGCUGACUGUGCUGAUUCAGAUUCGUUUAGACAGUUCAUGUGUGGGUUAUGCAAAUGACUACUGUUCUGUUCCUACAAGGAAAUCAGGAGCUGCAGGUAAGAUUGGUUAGGGUGUAUGUGUGUGUGCGUUUGUGUGCAUGUGUGUGUGCGUGUUUUGUCUGUAUGUUAGAAGCUAGCUUUAUCAUAUUGUGGAAAAUUUCCCCGUCUUGUAAAUUGGAGCCAAGUCGUUCAUUAAUAAAUCCUGCAAAUAGGCUGCCGUGUCAGAUUGA